AGACAGGACCAGAAGAAAGAGAGAGAGAGUAGGAAAACUUCACAAUGGCAUCUGAGAGUAACGAUGGCGCCGGAUCUGGAUCCACUACCACCGCUACAGCUGUGGCGAACGGCGGGGAGCAUCACUCUCCGUCUCCGGUUCCGGUGGAGACAGACCAGCGUCGGAAGAUCGCGCUGAUAACGGGUAUAACUGGGCAAGAUGGGUCGUACCUGACAGAGUUCCUGCUGGCAAAGGGGUACGAGGUGCACGGACUGAUCCGGAGGUCCUCCAACUUCAACACGCAGCGGAUCAACCACAUCUACAUCGACCCUCACAAUUCCCUGAAGGCUCGCAUGAAGCUCCACUAUGGCGACCUUUCCGACGCUUCCUCUCUACGCCGCUGGCUUGACACCAUUCUCCCCGACGAGGUCUACAAUCUCGCUGCCCAGUCCCAUGUCGCUGUCUCCUUCGAGAUCCCCGAUUACACUGCUGAUGUCGUCGCCACCGGCGCCCUCCGCCUCCUAGAGGCCGUUCGCUCCCAUAUCGCUGCCACCGGCCGAUCCCACAUCCGCUACUACCAGGCUGGCUCCUCGGAGAUGUUCGGCUCCACCCCUCCGCCUCAGUCCGAAUCCUCACCUUUCCACCCCCGCUCCCCCUAUGCCGCUUCCAAGUGUGCCGCCCAUUGGUACACCGUCAACUACCGCGAGGCCUACGGCAUCUUUGCCUGCAAUGGCAUCCUCUUCAACCACGAGUCCCCCCGCCGCGGCGAGAAUUUCGUCACCCGCAAGAUCACCCGCGCUGUCGGCCGGAUCAAGAUCGGUCUCCAGAGCAAGCUCUUUCUAGGCAAUCUGCAGGCUUCCAGGGACUGGGGUUUCGCUGGGGAUUACGUGGAGGCCAUGUGGAUGAUGCUUCAGCAGGACAAGCCCGACGAUUAUGUGGUCGCCACCGAGGAGGCCCACACUGUCGAGGAGUUCUUGCAGGUGUCAUUUGGGUAUGUCGGAUUGAAUUGGAGAGAUCACGUGGUCAUCGAUAAGCGUUAUUUCAGGCCCGCCGAGGUGGAUAACUUGCAGGGGGAUUCCAGUAAGACGAGGCGGGUGCUUGGGUGGAAGCCCAAGGUUGGGUUUGAGCAAUUGGUGAAGAUGAUGGUUGACGAGGACGUCGAGUUGGCCAAGAGGGAGAAGGUGCUCGUUGAUGCUGGGUAUAUGGAUGCACAGCAACAGCCCUGAUCAGAUCUGAAAUUCUUGAUUGGGUAACGCAUUUGUUGCAAGGGUUCGAUUCUAUUUUCCCUUCUGUUUCAUUUCGUUCUUUCUCUUUAGGGUUAUUAUAGGAUGAUUAGAUCAGAAGAUGAUCAUCAUUGGGAAAUUGAGUAUAUGGUAUUCAUGGAAGCAGAUGGGAGCUGAUUUUUUGUAAAAAGACAGACCCAAAGGUCCCUGAUCGCUUGUCAAGUUUUAGCUUAAUUUGGAGUUGUCAAAUGGAAAAAAUAAAGCUUUCAAAAAAUGUAGAACUAGGAAGAAGGUGCAUUACA